CUACAAAGUUUCUCAUUCAUUUUUUCUUGGUGAACAGAAAAGUUGUUGUCUGAUAUUAUGGAAGAAGUAUCGUAAUUAUGCGGCCAUUGUUGGCCAGUAUUGUUGUUUUCUUCUCUGAAUGUCAAGUUUAAACAAGCUUUGAUGCUUUGUUUUAUUCUCCCACUCCAGCUGAUUGAAGAAAACAGUCUCUUGACAUUUACCUCAUUUUGUUAAGUUUGAUGUCGCUUGGUGUAUCUGGAUGGGAUAAAAUGUAUUGUCUGAAAUCUUUCCGCUGCCUAUUGGUAGGAAAUUUUAACUUGUGCUUAGAGAUGCUUCCAAAUAUUUUCUAGACUUUGUUUUCAUAUUAACUCUUUCAUAGACCAUGCCCACUAGUUCUAUGCUUAAUGGGCAUAUAUUAUCUGCUGGAAUUAGUUUUUACUAAUUCCGGUUUCCUAGACAAACUCUUGAGUCUUGGCAAUUCUUUAACAAUGGCUGUUUGCAUUCUAUGAUGUUUCGCCUGCGUAUGUGAACAUUAUCACCUUCUGUGCCUCUUAUGACGUAUGUGUGUCCCCUUCAUGUCAUAAUUUAGUUUGUCAUGUGCCCGUAUGAGUGGAAGCUCUCAAACACUUAUCACUUUGCUUGGCAAGUUUUAUUGGCUGAUAUAAAUCCUUUCAGCUGAAGGGAAAUCUCUAUAUGUGUUUAUGCUAUUCAGUUGACUUUAGGUCAUUCUGAUUCUCUGGGGUGGUGAAGAUAUUAGCUUAACUUUAUCUGCUGCCUGUGUGGUUGGAAGUUGAAACAUGUUACUUAUGGAUGCUUAAGUCUACUCGAGUAUUGAUUGCUGUCUUGCCUUGUGAACUGCUGACUCCCAUCAAAAACUGUUAAGUAUGUGCAAUAUGAAAUCUUUCCGGUUUUAUUUACUCAUGUUUUUUAGUCAUCAUGCUUGCAUCUACGGUAGUGAGCUAAUAUUUUCUUUUCAUGAGUAUUAUGCAAGCUAGAAUAUAACGUGUUUGCUAAAUUGAAAUUGCCUUUUUGGCUUAUUAUGCACUGUCAAACACAGUCUGAGCCCAUUUAAACUGCAUGUAUAUUGAAUUUGAUGAUCCAAUGUAUGUCUCGAUGGCUGUUGAUCUCUCUGGUCAGCUACUUCUUGGACAACCUAUAGAGGUUAAACCUUUGAAUGUUGGGAACCCUUCUGCAGGGGAAAGAUCUUAUAUUCCCACAGGAAAGAAGAAUUUCAUUGACAAGCCGUGGGAUGUGAUGACUUUGGAUGAGAGAAUUGAUGCAUCAACCAACUGGAGGGAACUAAGAGAUGUAGAGAAUAGGAGAUUUUUCUACAACAAGGUCACUGGGGAGCGCAGAUGGUCAAUACCUGUGGAAUUAUGGGCGGCCCGCAACCGAGCUCAUGAAGCAGCCCGAAGUAGCCGAGUUCUAGCCCCAGUUUGGACUCAACAUGUACCCUUUUCGCACCUUGUCACGGCCCACGGUAAUUGCCAGCAGGUACCUUUAGUUACACGAUAGUUUUGCUCUGACUCAACAAGUGGAUUUGCAUAAUGAGCAAAUUAUUCUAUUAACUGUUGAAGUACUAAGCAAAAGCAUGAGUAUUAAUUCAUGAGUAUAUCUAGCUACUUAUUUCUGUACAAAGUGUCGUUUGGAAAUUUGAACUCUUAUAAAGUUUUCAAGACUAAACAAAACUAAACUUAUCGCUUAAACGAUCUUAGUUUAUAGGACUGAUAUUUCAAUCGAGAUAAAUUUCCUUUGUUCAGGACUUGACUCUAUAUUAUUUGACUAAAGUUUUAGGGACUAAACUGCAGAUUGUUAAGGGCUAUCUAUAAUUGAAACAUUGAAAGCUUCUUUCUUUCGUCCCUUUUUUU